CAAGUUAUCACAGACACAAAGUUCUAGAGCACAGAGUAUAAACGCAAUCGACUAUUUAGUCAGUGUCAAAUGCAGUGCAUUUUGCAGAGAUUUUGCAUUAUCAAAAUAAACGAAAAGUGCAAUACAAAUAGUGGUUUGUUUUGGUAGCAGCGUUUCCAAUUUGGCCAAAAAUUACCAAGAAAUGAACUACAACAGCCACGUCAGCCACUGGCCACCUCAGAGGCGAAACACGCGUAAAAACAGGCAUUUCAGCCAGGAAAAUCAGAGUUUUCAUUCAAACUACUCUCCAAAUUUUCAUGGUUACCAUGGAAUACCUACUUGGAUACACCCCGGUGAGCAAUGGCAUCAAAACUGUGGUAUACCGCGGCCAAAUUUUAUUUACCAACGGGGCCAUAUAGUCGAUGAUCCCUUUUUUCAUUUUCAAAACAACCAACAAAGCAAUAUUGUCCAGGGCUCUUAUUCAGAAAGAUAUAACAGCAAUUACCAAGUACACCAACCGAGUCAGUCUACUCAAAAUGAUCAAUUACCAGAAAACACAGUUGUAAACACUAUCAAGAAAUUAAACUAUACAAAAAGUAUACAGUUUUCAAAAUCGAUUGAAGCAGAGGGAUCCCACACUUGUAAUGAUAAAAGAGAUGGCCCUAUCGAUCUUCAGGAUGAGGGAGAUAACAAAAAUGAAACUAAUUGCAAAAUGGAAAGCCAAAGCAGCUCUUCAAAGACUACAGACACUUUAGAAGAUGACAAGAAAGAACCAUCAAAGCUGCACUCUGCUAAUGUACCGGCCAGAAACAACAAGCAUACCAAGAGACUUAUAGAAGGCCUCUCACAACCCGUACAGGCUGGGGUCGCAGAAAGGAUGAUGCAGCGAAUGGGCUGGACGGGGGGCUCGCUGGGGGCGCGAGGAGACGGCAUCCAGGAACCCAUCAUGCCCAACUUAUUCAUGGUGGAUAAAAAAGGCUUUGGUGCUCCUGAUGAACCAGAAGAAAAUACACCUAAACCGUCACAUAAGAACUCAAACUCACACAACAAUUAUGAAAAUACAGCUAAACCACCACAUAAGAACUCAACCAGACACAAAAAUUAUGAAAAAUAUAUACCUACCAACUGAGAUCACUGAUGAUCAAUUCAAUGAUCUAUUGGCCGAAAUGGACGAAGAGGACUUUGACUCAGAUUAUUUUUUUGAUCCAGAAGAAACAAUUACAAAACAAAAGAAACCAUUUAACAAAAAGAACAAAAACCAACAACACAACCAGAUUAACCAGCCAAAGAAAAUUACCCAACAAAACCGAAAACAGAAGAGAAACCAACCUACAAUGACAAUACCUCCUCAGAGGGGAACCAAGAUAACUGGACACAAAUCGAAGAAACGGGCCAGAAAGAAUGCAGCUAAAUAUACCACUCAAAGAAUUGCCUUGAAAGAAAUACUUGAAUUUGUUCGCGAUGAGAAUCUAGAUUCCAUGGAGUUUAAUAAAGACUGUACUAAGUCUGAAAGGGCGAGUAUACACCAGCUAGUGGCUAUGAUUAGGGGAGAGGCUUUUGAAGAUUUUGAGGACUAUCAGUUUUGUGAAGAGAACGCUGAAGUUAUAGCUGAAAUCAGAGAGAGUGGGUGUGGACUGUAUAGUGAGAGUGUUGGAAAGUUUCCGUCAAGAACACUACAUUUGUUCAAAGAAGCCCCUGUUCAUAUUUACUUCAUAACCGCAAACGAUCUCAGAUAUGACGAAGAAGAAGAAGGUUAUGAAAAUAUAAUCAAAAUUGAUACAGAUCAAGAUGAAAAUAACACCAAAUCUGAAAUUGAUAACAAAGCUUAUGAAACUGACAAAGGUGAGAAUGCAACCAACAAUUUCUUGGAGAAAAAAUAUUUAAGUGAUAUUAUUAAAACAGAUUAUUACCAAGUAACAAAAUACAUCGAUCUAUGUAAUAUACUAACGUCAAAACUCAUUGAUAAUGUUUUUAAAACAGAUCUUAUACGAGAUGACAAUAUAAUUUCAGGUGCUAUCGACGAAGAAAUCAAUUUUGACGAAAAGGCAGAAACGAAUGAUUCUGCCAGCACAGUAAUAUCUGAUCAGAGACCGUCUGUAAUAGAAAACGUCAAUGACGUUUUAGAAAAUGAAACACAAGAAUCAAAUAAAGAUGAUAUUUAUCUAGAUUACGCGGAAGUUAGAGAUCUGCUUUUCACAUAUUUGAAGGAGUUCUACGAUAAUGAAGUCUACACUGAAAUGAAGUUUAAAGGGUCUUUCAAUAAAACGGAGAUUAAAGCCAUAGAUGAUUUCUCUAACGAUAUAAUUAAAUGCACGGACUUGGCUGAAUAUUGUCAUAAGAUUCCGGAAAUUGAAAAGAAUGGACUGAGUGAAUAUUUAAGAAAUAGCAAAUUAAACAUCGAGAUUGAUGCAGCUCAUAAAUACGUGCACAAAGGCCCAACGAUGAAGAGGUUUAAAAAAAGCACCCACUCUGAACGCCUUCUACGAAUGACGCAAUAGAUAUCAUAUUUCUUAAGCAUUCAUCAGUAUAUUAUACUUAAUAUAUUUUUAAUGCAUUUGUAAAUACUUGUCUCUGUAUAUAAAUGUCUUAUAUUGUAUUUUUUGUUGUUGUAUCUUCAGAUAAGUAUAGUAGUCGACUCCAUAAAUCCUUCUAACAUGUUUAGAACAUGAAAGUAUGCAGAUAAGUUCAAUGUAUCUAAGUAUCUUUGAUAUUUUUAACAGAAUAUUAUGGAAUUUUAAAUUUAAAUAAUUGAAAAAAAAAGAUCUUCUAUAAAUGUGGUUUAUAAAGCAAUGUAUAUGCGUAGAUCAAAUUUUUUUAUUGUAACAAAUCGAAUUUUAGUGUAGAAAAUUUGUCUAAGACAUAUACGUAAGUGUAAAGGGAUUCGCUAUUAAUUUUAAAUGUGACUCGAUUCUAGUCAGAAAUUACAAUGAAAUGAAAAUAUAUAUGUAUUUUAAAAA